AUGUUGGUGGUUAUGGGCUUUGGUGAGAGAUGGAUGAAGUGGAUGAAGGGUGGUGUAAUGAAUAACUUUAUGUUUGUAUUAGUCAAUGGGAGUCCUACUCAUGAUUUCAAGAUUUCUAGGGGUUUGAGACAUGGAGCCCCCUUGUCUUCUUUUCUAUUUUCCGUAGUUGUUGAAAGGCUUGCAGCAAUGGUCAAAAGAGCUCCAGGUGGGGGUCUGCUAAGUGGUUUUAGAGUCAAUGAUAGAGUGUCCUAUUAUCUCUUGCAGUUUGUUGAUGACACGAUGCUAAUUUGUGAUGGAGCUUGGUAA